AUGUCUGAGGAGUGCAACGAUGAGUGGGAGCUGAGCAAAGAGAAUGUGCAGCCCCUUCGGCAGGGCCGUGUCAUGUCCGCCUUGCAGGAAGCACUGGCUCAGCAGGGAUCCUCCAACCACACUGCUGUUCAGCUCAAAAAACAAGAAUUUGAAUCCGAAAUCCGAUUUUACUCUGGAGAUGAUCCACUGGAUGUUUGGGACCGGUACAUCAAGUGGACAGAGCAAACCUUUCCCCAAGGGGGAAAGGACAGUAAUCUGGCAGCAAUAUUGGAAAGGGCGGUGAAAGCACUCAACGCACAGCAGCGAUACUACAGAGACCCACGCUAUCUGAGUCUCUGGCUCAAGUUUGGGGAUUGUUGUAAUGAGCCCUUGGAUCUGUACAGUUACCUGCACAGCCAGGAAAUUGGCACGACACUGGCUCUACUUUACAUCACGUGGGCAGAAGUACUUGAGGCUAGAGGAAGUUUUAAGAAAGCAGAUCUGAUAUUCCAGGAAGGUCUACAGCGCAAGGCUGAGCCUUUGGACAAACUCCAGUCCCACCACAGGCAGUUUCAGAUGCGUGUUUCUCGGCAGACACUACUGGGGCUUGAGGAGACUCCUGAUGAAAGAGAUACGGAUCUUCUGGGAGUUGCAGAACCUCAGAGAAGUUCCCUGGCAGAUCUAAAAGGCAGGGGGAAGAAAAAAGUGAGAGCCCCAAUUAGUCGUGUAGGAGAUGCACUUAAAGCCACAAACCAAACCAGAAGCUUCCAGACUCUAACAUCUCAUCAGCUUUCAAAUAAUCCGGGUUUUGCUGUGUUUGAUGAAAAUUCAGCUUCUGGACCUGAGAUUCCUGUACUUACACCACAGCCAUGGACAGCACCUCCAGCUCCAAGGGCCAAGGAGAAUGAACUAACCGCAGGGCCUUGGAACUGUGGCAGGCGUCCGCGCAGCAAUGUGAGUUCUGGGGUGGAAGUGCCUUGCCCACUGCCCAGUUUCACCCCGUACGUGGAAGAAUCAGCUCAGCAGCCAGCCAUGACUCCCUGCAAAAUUGAACCCAGCAUCAACCGUGUUUUAAGUGCUCGCAAACCUGAGAAAGAGGAGGAUCCACUACAGCGAGUGCAAAAUCAUCAGCAGGAUGCUCAAGAAAACAAGGAGAUGGUGAUGUACUGUAAAGAUAAAGUUUAUGCUGGAGUCGAAGAAUUUUCUUUGGAAGAGAUCCGAGCUGAAAUCUACAGAAAGAAAGCAAAAAAGAAAACCGAAGAGGAGAUGCAGGCCAUAGCACAGAAGAAGGAAGAAAUACAAAAGAAAAUUGAGGAGCUGGAGAAGAAAUUAAAGAAGAAAGAAGAUGACAAGCAGCAACAACCGCAUGAACAGCCAGCGGAGAGAACAGAAGCUUCGCCACCUUUGGGACUCCAAGGAUUUACUUCUUCUAGUGCAAUAGAAGUUGGGGAGAAACAGCCUCAGCUGGAAAGUGCAUCCCAGGUCUCUGAAGAUAUUCAACUACAUAAACCAUCUUGUUCUGAGGAUACACAACGGGGAAAUGUGGUUUUAGACUCUGAGGAGGAGCAGAGGAAUGAGGCCACCCUUGGAAAAAAAGAUGUAGGUCUCCUUCCCCCACCAGAUCCUGCUGCAUCUUUCUCCAUAUUUGUUGAAUCCUCUGCUCUGUCAAAUCAGAAUAUAAGCUGUUCUGCAGCUCAUGCACAGAAAAGUGCCCGGCGCCCUCUUGCUGUUCGUAAACCUUCAGAGCCUCUAACUGCGAAGGAAAACGUUCCACCAGAAGCCUGUGAUGAGCUGAAUGGAAUUGAACCUUUGACUGAAGAUGCGAUUCUGACAGGCUCGUACAAGAACAAAACCCUUUGUGCCAACCCAGAAGACACGUGUGACUUUGUUAGGGCUGCACACCUGGCCUCAACGCCCUUUCAUGGGGUGGUACCUCAGCGAGUCCCAGCUCCUGCUUUUUCACAGAGUGUCCUGAAGGAAGACUGUCCAGAAUCUAAGAGUGCACCUCUGAAUCAGGAAACGUUGGUUUGUGAGGGAGCGUACAAUGAAGCUCUUUGUGUAAAUAAACUCAGCCCGAUCAUGGAAGCAAGCCUGGAAGAUACUCGCUCGUCAGGUUCUGUCUCCUCAGGAUCUUCUCUUUCCUCUGUUACACAAAUAUCUACUAUGAAAUACCUGCAUAUCCCUGAGAAACUGGAACUGGCUCAGAGCUUGCCUGCUGAAACGGUUACUGAUUCUGGAGGUGAUGAUGUCACUCAGGUCUUGUGGAGCACUGAGCAGCGUAAAAAGCUUUUAGAUCCUAUGCCAGAAACGUUGACUGCUGCUCCAGAUUUUCACUUGGAGACUGGUGCCCUGCCUGUCAUGGAGCUUGAGAAGGACGUGGAGCUGGGAAAUGAGACUUACUCCAUCAAAUGGGAAUAUUGGACCAAUGAAGAGUACAAGAUGCUUUUUGCCAUUCCAGCUAACUUUCCCCAGCUGGAUGCAAAGGGAUUUGCAAUAAAGGUGUAUUCUCAGCCUGUGCCUUGGGAUUUUUAUAUCACACUUCAGUUACAGGAGCGUUUGAAUACUGAUUUUGACCAAAGCUUCAGUGAGAAUUGCAGCUGUUACUUGUUUCCCGAUGGCUGUGCUAUUUUGCACAGGGAUAUAAAUCGCUUCACGCUUGGGGAUGUUAUUCGUGGCUGUAAAUCCAUCACAGAGGAAGUUAUCCUGCUGGUUGUUUAUAAUCUUCUGGGUGUGGUAGAGAAGCUCCACAAAGCAGAGAUUGUCCAUGGAGAUCUGAGUCCAGAGGUGUUCUUUCUGGGAGACAGGAUCUGUGAUCCAUUUGGUAAUGAUGAAAUGACAAGAGCUCUGAAGAUAGUGGAUUUCUCUCACAGUCUAGAUUUGAGAUUACAGUCUCAAGUAAAUUUGCCCAACAGCUUUCCAAUAUCUCGGACCCCUCAUGGGCAGCAGCUUCUGGUGAAAAGUUCUCCUCCUUAUCAGGUAGACUUGGUUGGCAUUGCAGAUAUAGUCCAUUUGAUGCUGUUUGGGGAUCAUGUCCAGGUCUAUCAAGACAAUUCCAUCUGGAAAAUCAGCCAAAAUGUAUCAAAGACUGUUAAUGGUGAUUUCUGGAGUAAACUUUUUGGGAGAAUUCUGAAUGCAGAUGGUAAGUCCACAAUGCCUCUGCUGAGGGAGUUAAGAGAGGAAAUAAGUGACAUGUUUGACAGCUGUUUCCAAGAACGUCUUUGUGAAUCCUUAGCUGCGCUGGGAGAAACUUUCCUCUUGGAGAACUUCCUGUGAUUUCAUAGAGGACAAAUACAUUGUGUAUUAUAGAGAGGAUUUUGUUGUUAAUUUCUUAUUUAUUUUUUUCAAGUGUAAGCUUGGACAGUGAUUGUAGUUGUUUCUGCAAAACUUCACACGGGA